AUGACUGUCGCGCUCCAACCACCACCUGAUGAUAAACUAAAGACUCGAGGCAAAUACAAAUUCCAGCCACCACCGUCGCAGUUCGACCCAGUCAUCCGCCAAAUCAUCCGGAUUAUUCGAGAGCUGGGCCAUCAGGACAUUGGAUUCGCGUCUGCCAAUAUCCGUGUUCACAAUUCGAACGAGACGGCCCCGUUCUGGCCGAUAAACCCUUACUACCCGUACUACGAUGCCAAGCUGUACACUUUUCUGAUGGAUGAUAUCCCGUAUAGGGAGGAGUUUCCCAUCACUGCUCAAGUCUGUGUGCACACCCUCACUGGCAGAUUGCAUAAAGACGCGGUAUAUAUCAAGAUCGGUAAAGACUGGCUAGAGAUGAGGAAAUGGCUGAUAUCAAAGCGCCACGCCCAGGAAGAUCUCGUAGGCAAAAUCGGCUUCGGUGCACAGCGGAAGUGGUGGAAGCUAAACGGCAAGCGAUUCCGACUCUUGGACUUGCCUUCAGAAAUUCGCAAUAUGGUAUAUGGGUACGCACUUGGGAAGGAAGUACACCCAAUGCCCCUCUACGAACCGGACAAUGGAGAGAUCGUAUCCAUGGUGCUCGGCGCUGGGUACUCUCGCAAGCUGAUAUCCUCAGAUGUGUAUCCCGAAGACUCCGUACCUGAGGUGCGAGAAGAUGUUUCUCCCAACCUGGCAUUGCUGCAGACUUGCUGGCAGAUAUACGAAGAGGCACUGCCGGCUGCUUGGAACAGCUCACUGAAGUGUUUCAACAACGAGCAGAUCUUCCUUACGAUUGUUGAUUUGAGUGUUGAUUCAAUGACACAGUUCAAUUGUCUCGGCAAGAUCCAAUUGAACUUCAAGCUCAAGUCAUGGUUCCGCUUCUUCGGCGUUACAGUCAACCCCAGGAUCUCUAUUGAUGAAAGCUCAUCAUCGGGUCUAUAUAUCUCGAAAACCGGUCUUCCUAAUCUUCGACACUUAGAGAUGCGCUUCCGCAGCCCGCAUGACGGCAGUGACGGUAAUCCUUGGUCCAGAGGUUGGGAAGAUAAUGGCGCUCUAGACUGCUGUCAAGUCAACGCCGUAGACAUGGUCUGCACUUUUGCUUUCCCCUUUGUCGCAUGGAUCCCCACAGUCAAGCUUGUAGGUUACGUCAAGACUGCAUCAAAGAAAAAGUGGGAAAAUAUCUUCGACAGCGAGCGUAGAAGGUUGAGCCACGGUCAUAACCAGGAAGCUGCUAUGCAGGCUCUUUUGCAGGCUCCAGCCGACUUACUGUAA